GCGGUCGCCGCCGAAGCCGAUCUCGGAUCCGCGAGCGCCACCAGGGCAGCAGCCGCCGCAGCCGCCGCCGCUGUGCUGAGGAGCCGGAGACGCGGGCAGACGAGGUGGCGGCGGCGGCGGAGCGGGAGCGGGGAACGGACGCGGGCGGAGCGCGGCGGCGCGGCUGCCCAAGGUUACUGGCGUUGGAGCCAAGAGGAUUGGAUUUAACCAGGGCUGCUAUUUUGUCAGGUGUAAUCCAGAGAACAAUUUUCAAACAUCUUUGCUCAUAUUUGACACUGAGCAGUCAGGGGAUUCAGGCAUAUGAGGAGGUAUUGUCACACAAAACAGUGUCUAGUGAAGACGACAAGAAAGAGAGAGAAGGAUCGGAAAAAGAAGCUAAAAUACCAUAGGAAACCAUGAGAUCUAUUAGAUCUUUUGCCAAUGACGAUCGCCAUGUUAUGGUGAAACAUUCAACAAUCUAUCCAUCUCCGGAGGAACUUGAAGCUGUUCAAAAUAUGGUGUCUACUGUUGAAUGUGCUCUUAAACAUGUCUCAGAUUGGCUGGAUGAAACAAAUAAAGGCACAAAAACUGAGGGGGAGACAGAAGUAAAGAAAGAAGAGGCUGUGGAAAACUAUUCCAAGGAUCAAGGUGGCCGGACAUUGUGUGGUGUAAUGAGGAUUGGCUUGGUUGCAAAAGGCUUGCUGAUUAAAGAUGAUAUGGACUUGGAGCUGGUUUUAAUGUGCAAAGACAAACCCACGGAAACCCUGCUAAAUACAGUCAAAGAUAACCUUCCUAUUCAAAUUCAGAAACUGACAGAAGAGAAAUACCAAGUGGAACAAUGUAUAAGUGAAGCUUCUAUUAUAAUUCGGAACACGAAAGAACCCACACUGACCUUGAAGGUGAUACUUACUUCCCCUUUAAUUAGGGACGAAUUGGAGAAGAAGGAUGGAGAAAAUGUUAUGAUGAAAGACCCUCCGGACUUACUGGACAGGCAGAAAUGCCUAAAUGCCUUGGCUUCUCUUCGACAUGCCAAAUGGUUUCAGGCAAGGGCAAAUGGAUUAAAGUCAUGUGUAAUUGUCCUCCGCAUUCUGCGUGAUUUGUGCAACAGAGUACCUACAUGGGCACCAUUGAAAGGAUGGCCACUAGAGCUUAUAUGUGAAAAGUCUAUAGGUACUUGUAAUAGACCUUUGGGCGCUGGGGAGGCCUUGAGACGAGUAAUGGAGUGUUUGGCAUCUGGAAUACUACUUCCUGGGGGUCCUGGCCUUCAUGAUCCUUGUGAGAGAGACCCAACAGAUGCUCUGAGCUACAUGACCACUCAGCAAAAAGAAGAAAUCACUCAAAGUGCACAGCAUGCACUUAGACUAUCAGCCUUUGGCCAGAUUUAUAAAGUGCUGGAAAUGGACCCCCUUCCAUCUAGUAAGCCUUUUCAGAAGUAUUCCUGGUCGGUUACUGAUAAAGAAGGUGCUGGAUCUUCAGCUCUAAAGAGGCCAUUUGAAGAUGGAUUAGGGGAUGAUAAAGAUCCCAAUAAGAAGAUGAAACGAAACUUAAGGAAAAUUCUGGACAGUAAAGCAAUAGACCUUAUGAAUGCACUAAUGAGAUUAAACCAGAUCAGGCCUGGGCUUCAAUAUAAGCUUUUGUCACAAUCUGGCCCAGUCCAUGCCCCAGUCUUCACAAUGUCUGUAGAUGUGGAUGGCACAACAUAUGAAGCCUCAGGACCAUCCAAGAAAACAGCAAAACUUCAUGUAGCAGUGAAGGUUUUACAGGCAAUGGGAUACCCAACAGGUUUUGAUGCAGAUAUUGAAUGUAUGAGCUCCGAUGAAAAAUCAGAUAAUGAAAGCAAAAAUGAAACAGUGUCUUCAAACUCAAGCAAUAAUACUGGAAAUUCUACAACUGAGACCUCCAGUACCUUAGAGGUAAGAACUCAGGGUCCUAUCCUCACAGCAAGUGGCAAAAACCCUGUAAUGGAGCUCAAUGAAAAGAGGAGAGGUCUCAAGUAUGAACUCAUCUCAGAGACUGGUGGAAGCCAUGACAAGCGCUUUGUAAUGGAGGUAGAAGUAGAUGGACAGAAAUUUAGAGGUGCAGGUCCAAACAAGAAAGUGGCCAAGGCAAGUGCAGCACUAGCUGCCCUGGAGAAGCUGUUUUCUGGACCCAAUGCAGCAAAUAAUAAGAAAAAGAAGAUCAUUCCUCAGGCAAAGGGUGUUGUGAAUACGGCAGUAUCUGCAGCAGUUCAGGCAGUUCGGGGCAGAGGAAGAGGAACUCUGACAAGGGGAGCGUUCGUGGGGGCCACAGCAGCUCCUGGCUACAUAGCUCCAGGUUAUGGAACACCGUAUGGUUACAGCACAGCUGCCCCUGCAUAUGGUUAAUACUUUUAAGCAGUUUUCAGCACGUUUAUCUCACUUUAUUCUCGUUCUCCUCGGACCUCCGUAGCCAUAUCACUUGUAUAAGAUAGGCUGAGAUAUAGUGACUGUAAGCUGUGAUCUCAGUUCACAAAGGUAAGCUCUUUUAUUUUCUGAUUAAAGAAAAAACAAUAACCAAUUAACACAACUUGCAUAUAUGACAAUCAUAUGAUGUAUUUGAUCUCUUAGGUCUUAUGUCACUGCAUUAACUUUAAAUUUUUAUGGUCUAAAUGUAAAAUAGUAAUUUUCAGCAUUUGUUUUAAUACUCUUGUAAAUGCUUUUUAUUCAAGAGAAACAUUUCACAUUCACUGAGUCAAGUGUAUGUGGGUAGAAAUUUAGGAUAUAAUGUCUAUGUAAAUUAUACAUACAGAGGCACUUGUUGGAAUAUAAUAAUUCAGUGGUAGGAACACUUUAAGAAGAAUUAAAAUGAAAGGGCACUCUGUUGGCCAAGGAGCUGGGAUAUCAGAAGCAGUAACAUUGGUAACAGUGCCGUAGGAUUCAUGUGUGCACUUGCAACACAGGCUGAGGGUAUAAGUGCCAAUCUCUCAAGAAGAGAACCUUCUCUGACCUGUGUUGCAUGCCCCAAUACAGCAACAGCAAGAAGCCAUUAAAAAAAAAAAAAAAAAGCAAUAGAAAAGUUAAAAAAACAAAACUAUUAACUGUGGAAAAUAUGUGUAAUUGGUUGAGUUUAGCUAAUUAUUUGUAGAAUCAACUUGAGCAAGACUCAGAAAGGUGAUACUGAGUCCACAGAAACCAAAUCGACUUAAGGAAUCUGUUUUUUCCAGGUUAGGUAGCUAGAAUAUUUCUCAUUGUAGUCAGUCAUCAACAGUUCAUUUAAAUGGUGUGAGGGUUAGGCCAGAUACUUUAAUAAGGAUUUGCUUCCUUUAGUAUACCCCAUAAAUACACCUCAUUAUAGUAGAUGUUCUGUGCUAAAGCUGUAUUUAUAUAGAUAGAUAUAUAAAAAUAAAAUUUAUGUUUUACAUUUCUUUCUGUAGCAAUUUCUAUUCAUUUCUAGCAUUAAGGUUGCUGGGACAACUUUGUACCCAUACAGAACCUGCAGUUUAUGAGGUUGGCUUCUGUUAAAGGCUGAACAAGGCAGAGCAGUGUAGUGCAGUCCUGUGCCUGCUGAUGCCAAGUCCUUUUCUGGGACCCUGAGAAAGAGGCCCUGACCAGUGGGAGCGUCUGAAGUCUGAAAGUUCCCUUGCUGGUGGAAUUGGCCUUGCUGUAAAUAAAUGCCCUACUUUGGGAGAUAGUGUAUUAACAGUGGCAAAAGUUACUAAUUUAUUUAGUAGUUUAAUUAUAAAAUAAUGAAUAUUGUAGGCUUUCUAACACCACAAAGUUGAUGUUACUUGGAGAUUUCUUCAAGUAGCGUAUUUCCUCGGCACUUUUGAGGAGCUGAAAUCUGCUCUGAUUACACUCCUCAUGCUCUGUCCAAAUGUACAGUCAGAAAGUGGGAUGCCCAGCACACACUGCAGCCCUGCUUGGCAGCUGUCUCUGUAGUCCUGCCAAGAACACAGUGGGCAAUGUAAACACUGACUGCAUUCUUUCAGUGGCAGGUGAGUCUUACCAUUAUAAUAAAUCACUUGCUGUAAGUUUCCUGAUUCUUACUUUUCACUAAUGAUUAGAGUGGAGGAGAAUAGUCAGCACUAAGGGAAAUGCGCUAGAGAUGUUUUCUCCCCAAGCUGUCUGGAGCCUGUAAACCAGGGGUAUUGUGAGCAAAGUGACAUCUGAAGGCAGCCUGCUCCAUGAAUGGUCUGCCUUUCAUUUUUACUCUUUUAAUGCCAGUGCCUCAAGUCACCCAGAACCGCAAAGGUACCAUGGCAUUCGUGCCUGUUCUCUGCAACAUCUGAUGCCAUGCAGUCAAGUGUUCCUUAGUGUUACUAGGAGGCUUGGGAGGGAGGUGGAUGGGUGUCAGUGACCUAAGCACAGCAGACCUAAGCACCCGAAGUUAAGAUGAGCUUCAACAUGGGUGUGUGUGUCUGUAGCACUUAACAGCGCACAGUGCAGCCCUGUUUAAGACUCAGCCCCUUCUCCUGAUAGUGUCUUACAGAAAGGCUGUUAGGCAGAGAAUUUGUGUAGGAUUAGUUGCACAAAUAGAUAUCCUUUCCCAUGUCACUGUCAUUUCAGUUAGGAGCUAACAGCUUCCACUAAUGUUUGAAGCAAUGAUCUUUGGAAGUUUUUAAAAAUAGAACCAUAAUGUGAAUUGGGUUAUAUAAGCUUUACAGCACAGAUAGAGAUAAAGGAUAGAAGCCAUGUGGGAAUCUAGGCCAAUGGAUUUCUGUCACUCCAGCCUAUUCCUGUGGAGCUUGGGAAUCUGAUGAGUUCAUAUAUUCAAAGCUUUUAAUGGUACCUGGUACACAGGAAGUACUUGUGAAUGCUGACUCUGCUGUUCUGGUUGAGACAGAAGGACAGAUGUGAGACUCUGCUGGUUAAGCAGCAGGUGCACGGUCUGCUUAGGAGUGAGUUGGGCUUACUACUUUGUGCUCAUAGGCCUGGGCCUUCUCCAGCCCGAGGCCAGACUUGGCAGGACAGGUUUGCUCAUAUUUCUGCUGCAGCAGUUAAAUCACCAGCCAGCUUGCAGCCUAUGGUUUGUAGAUAUUUGUUUGGGAUUUACGGGUGCUUAGAGUUUUACAAAGGCUGAACUUAGAACAUUUACCUGCUGAUUUCAAGUUUUCUACCCACAGUUUAGUAGUAAAGAACCUAUAGUGGCCAGAAUCUAGUCUCAAAGGCUUGUGGUGUUGGGUUUUAGAGAACAAGUUAUUAUAAACUUUGGAAAGAAAAGGAGGACCGAGGAAGCACCUAGGAUGCUGUUGACUCAGAUUCUUCUGUGAGGAGUCCCUGUAUCUUGUCUCAUGAUACAUUAGUGGAAAGCAUCUGCACUCACACCACAUGAGGCCUCCCUUCUAUCUGAGACUCUUAGAGCGUUAGUCUAUUGUGUUUCUACCUGUUUGUCUACCUAUCUGGACACAGUUGGGAAGUUUCUGUUGAAUACAAGGACAAAUGGGGUGAUGGUAAAGUUGCUGCUUCUGAACUACCAUGCAAGUACUGGCUCACACAUGCUUGCAAAGACCUAAGGAGCCUCAGAAGAAGGGUGAACAGGUUGAGUUCCGCAAGGCUGUUGGUAGGAGGCGAGUUAAGUGGAAACACAAAUUGAAUUCUGAGGUGCUGAAUUUUAGAAAAAACUGUGUGGACAAGGAUUACCUUUAAGGAGUAAAUUAGACUUGUGUUACUUGGUAAAAGUUACUAUGUUUCUCCUUAGCUGAGACUGUGGGUAGGUUCUCAUUUGGCCAGCAUUGAAGGAAGGCUCUUACACACACACACACACACACACACACACACACACACACACACACACACACACGAACACACACCACCAAACAAAACAACAGCAAAAAACAAUUCUACCUAGAACUUUACCAUUUGUGCAAGUGGUUCUCUUGCCUUGCAAGGGGGUGGUGUAAAGAUUACCGCCACUGCCAUGCCCAGGUGGCAGUAGGGUGGACUUAACAACUUCCUCCUCACGGGAGAGGAGUGGUCCACAGUUGUCUCUCUCUGCUGCUGUAUGGCCAACAGCAGCACAUGGGGUCAGCAUUGUUGCAGUUAGGACAUUGCUGUCCUUUGUUGGAUCUUCUCCUUCCUUGUCCCAAGUCAUUCAGUUAAUGGCAGUUUUUGUUUAGGACUUAGGCUUGUCCAACAUUUUGACAUCGUAACAUGUCUCCUACAAUGUUCAUGUGACAACCAUAUAAAAUUCCACAAAAAAAUUGACAGGAGAAACUAUUUGGGAGGCAUGAGUAGUAGAGUUAAGAAGCCAGAACAGGAAUGAGGAAGGAACAUUGCCAGAAUUGGUAUUGUGGGUGUAUGUGGCACUGGGACAUUCUUAAUUCUCAGACAGCCUUCCUGGAGGUGCUGUUAUUUCUGAUGUGGACAUGAAUCCGAUACGGAGGGUUAGGUGCUAGAGACAGGAGAGAGUCCUCUCUGUGUUUGGUACCAGUGCUGCUUUCUGCUCAGCAAGCUGCAAAUUAUAAGGCAAAGGUGAAGGCUAGCUGGAUUCUAGGCCUCCUGUCUUAAGCACAUUCCGGAGCAGACAAUAUAUCUUGAAAAACAGGGAUUCUUGUUUGGGUUGUUUUUUUGUGGGGGUGAUAGAUGAUCAAAGGAUAUCUAACAAACGGGGGAUGAAGAGAAAGAAGACAAUGGGCUGUGCCAACAGAGGAAGCUUUUGUAUCUAAAGCUUGUUUUUUGUUUUGUUUUGGUGUUUUGUUUGGAUGAAGUAUCAAGAGGCUGAGGUACCUGUUUUCAUUAGCUCUUCUUUCCGGAACAUACUCUCUGCCUGAGAAAGGUGAUGGAGCUGGAGGAGGUUUUGACUCAGUGGGUAGAAGGAAGAGGUUUGGGGUAGAAGGUAGAACUACUUAGGUCUAGAAGGGACAGUGAUACAUCAAAAGACCCAUGCUGAGUGCUAAGCACUUGCCAGUUUGGAAUGUGAGUCUUCCUUCCACCUUGGGCCAGGGUUCUCUGGCUAUAUUUGCUUCUCACCUUGCUGCUUGCAGACGACUUCCCAACUUCAUUGCCAGUUGCUUAGGGGCAGAGAGAGAUAGGAACGGAGUACAGAAUCCCACCUUGCCCAUGUUCUUGUCAUCUUUGACAACUGACAAGGGAAGUAUGCUAUGCUGCAUUCUUGGAGACGAAUUGGAAGAAUCUUAUUUUAACCAAGUUCUAGAGCAUCAAAGCAUGUGAAGAAGCGUGAGGCCAUGGUCUGGGCAGGACUCAGAGCACUGCAGAGCCUUCUUCCAUUCUUUGGUCCAUUUCUAGCUCCCAGUCCUAGAGGAGGAGUGGUGCAAGGAUUAUUGUUCUACAGGGACCAAAACGCAGAGGUCUCUACAAACCACCCUGCUUGUUUGUGGUUGAAUACUGUGGCUUCUAAUUAGUGAGUAUUGAGCCACACAGAGGAAAUGGCAUUUCUUGUGCUGUUUUAAGGGUUAGAUUGGCUUUGAAUCCUGCAACUGAAGGACCUAAAAGUUUGCUCUUAAUGGGAAAGGGCAUUAGGUAAAGUGACUUUGCUCAGUUACAUAGUGCUUGGUGACAGAGCCCACAUGCUCUUGACUGUUCUAUGCUCAGCUGGCUCUGUGCCCUCCUUACCACCCUGCUUCCCAAGGCCAUUUCACAGGAGUGUCCCUUCCUCUGUCUCUGGUACAUUCUACUUCCCUUUAUCUAGACUGUGGGACUAGACUGUGUGUGCCUUACAAAAUAGAACAAACAAAACCAAUCCACCUUUCCUGUCUUAGCUCGUGCUCUCCCUGGUUCCUUUGGAAAUGGAUUGUGAAUCAGCUCUAAGCCAGGAUGCCUGGUUUUUGUUAGUUGUACACUGGAAUAUUAUUAGUCUAGUGCUGUUCUCAAAACUGUAUGUAAUGAAGUGCAAAUUUAGUGGAUGCUGCUUGGAGAGAUCCCAGGCUUUUGGAAAUGUGAUUUUUUGGGGGGUGGGUGGGUAGGGACGGUGGUUGUCAGAUAAUGCUGGCCAGUCUGCAUGUGCUUAACCAAAGGGUCAUCCUCACAGUGGCACUUUCCAGAGCAGUUUAAUGCAGGGUUCCACUUUGUAAAAUCUCUCAUACCAUUUGAGGCUACACUAAGAAAAAUUAUGGAUGCCAUUCUUUGGGAGGUUAGAACAAAGUAUGGAGGGUGCACUUGAGAAACCCAGAAAGGCUAAAGUCACCUGGAAACAAGAUCAAAGGACCAAUGGGUCAAGACUAGUGAAGGGGUGGCCUUGGGCCAAGCAUGGACGCUCUUAUCAGUUAUUUUAAAGAAUUUUACUUGUAUGCGGUUCCAGAGAGGUAACGACAGCUAUGGGCAGCCAGGUGGGCAGUGUGACAUGAAGCUACCACCUGAGGGCAGGUGAAGCUGAUUCAGAAAAACACAGGAAGAAGUGAGCACUGUGGUAUGGUGAUAGCGUAUGUUCAAGCUAUGAGCUAUGUUUGGUGGUGUAUGAGGAAGAUUGUGAGUUCAUGGCCAGCCUAGGCUAUGUAAUGAGACCCUGCCAAAACAAAACAAAACAAAAUAAAACAAAACAAAACAAAACAAAACCAGUUUGGAUAGUAUAGAAGAAGAUGUGCCACAGAUGUCCAUUUGAACCACCUUUGACAGGACUGGGUGACAUUGGGAAUAGGUCCUCUUUCUGGAGCUAGAUUUGAGGAAGGUGUGCACUGUAACCUUCUACUUGGGCUAGGGUCAGGACAUGACAAGGUCUCAGCUUAGGAGAGCUGAGCAAGGACAGAAGACCACUGGCAGGUAGAAGGGAGGCGAACAUCAGGAGGUUUGAACAGAAUCAGAAUUGUCUUCUGUAGUGGGAUGACCACAGCUCGCAGCUCUGCACUGCCUCAGAGGGAUGCUAACCUUGGGUUCAGGGCUGAUGUCUAGCAAGCCCAUUUUCAGUUUCACAGACCAACUGUGAAUUGACCAACAGCAUAGAAGGGCAUAGAGCUGAGUCACAAUUGCAGUAGCCCUGGUCCAAGUGACCCAGGCCUCUUGAUUGGGACAGCAUAGAGUAGUGAGGGGAGUCUGGGAGCGUACCUUGACAUUGGAGGCCUGUGUGCUGAGAAAGGUGCAGCUCUCUAGGUCUUGUGAAUGCCUUGGUAUGGGGCCUGGAAUGGUUAGAUAAUAGGUUGGAGGUAUUUUUUUUUUUUUUUUUUUUUGGUUUUUCGAGACAGGGUUUCUCUGUGUAGCUUUGCGCCUUUCCUGGAACUCGCUUUGGAGACCAGGCUGGCCUCGAACUCACAGAGAUCCGCCUGCCUCUGCCUCCCGAGUGCUGGGAUUAAAGGCGUGCGCCACCACCCGCCCGGCAGGUUGGAGGUAUUUUUCAGAGCUACUUUGUGAAGAGCCCUGGGUGCUGUGCCCUUUGUGAUUACCAUUCUUCGAUGUGGUGAGAAAAUUGUGGAAGUACAUCUAGACAGCCAAGAAGCUAUAAUCAAGGCUGACGAGAAGAGGGAGGAAGAGGCUAUGCUUCAUCCAGAUAAGGAUGAAGGGAGUAGCUAUAGCAAGCAGAGAUGUGGGCCCAUCUGACUUGUCUGUUACAGUAAGCAGGGCCUGAGCAGGGCCUGCAGCUGAUCUGCAUAAGCAGACCAUUCCCAUCCCAUCGGGGACUGGUGCUGCCUCUGAGGUGAAAGGUACUGAUAGAGUUCAGAGCCACUGGGCAGAUAAGGGCGAUCUCCACUGAGGCUGUAGGCAGAAGUAUCAUCUUGACAUGAGGCAGACAGAUUGGAAGCCAGCCAGUUGGCAUCUGUACCCUUUCAUUUUUUUUACAAGGUUGGGCUUGCCAAUCACAACUAUAUACUGGAUAUUCUCUUUUACUGGGGUCUGUCUUUUGCUUUCAUUUAGAUUUUUUUUUUUCCUAAUUUUUAAGAUUUUAACCUAUGCAAGGGUUAGUGCUUUUUGGGAUUCAGUGUCUGUAGAGUAUAGCCUCUAGCCAGUGGGAAGGUUCUUAAGGAUGGAUGAAGCUAUGUGGUUACCGAAGGAUUUGCUCUGGGUUUCAGUUGUGUUAGUCUCCAUCUAGCCAUAUCUCCUGUGUUCUUUUCAGUGCUGGAAUUUCUUUGGGGGUGGGGGGGAGGAGGUAUUCAAAUUAGGGCCUUGCAGGUAAUAGGCUGCUACUCUACAGUGAGCAGGUCAGGAUGGGCUUCUGUAGCUCUGCUGGGGACUAGAACUGGAGGUAGUUGUUUGCAAGCCUUAGGUCAGAGCUUUGGAAGGUAUCUGGGACACCAAGCCUAGCCAUCUUUGAGUAAUAAGAACUCUAAGGCCACACAGAUGUCACCUUCCCAUCUGUUAAAAUGAAAAUCUGGGCAUUGGUGGGUGUGGCUCUGUCCAAUCACACAUUACUUACACACUAUGCCAGAAGGCAGCCCUAGUCUUAAGAUGGUCAAGAUUAUUUACCCUUUACAUCUGUCCUGUGGUAGCACCUGAGCUCUCCUGGGCAAGUACUGAGGAUAAGGUAGGUGCAGAUCCUGUCAGCAGGAAGUGACAGAGGCAUACUGCUGGCCAAAGAGUGUAACGGAAGGGCUCAGGAUCUCCUAGAGGAGGGAAGACUGAGUGGGGCAAUGCCCAAGGGAGGCAACAGCUGUGGAUUUGGACCUAGAGGAUGGCAUGGUCUGGUAAAGAGGUUGUAUCACAGCCACAUCUUUUAUGUUGCCAAGAGGUACUUGGGUUAGAUUGGGACAGGCUGGGUGACAGGCUGAGGGGCAUGGACUAUGCUCCGGGUGGUGGGCAGUCAACAGAUGAGUUUAGGAGGGUAAAGUGGCCACAGAUACACUACGUUGAGUAAUGUCACUCUGAUUAUAGUAGACCAUGCCUGUAACUACAAAUUACACCUUUCCAUUUAGUGUGUACUAGACUGUCAAGGGGUGAGGAGCUCUUAGGAUUAGGACGAAAAGUGCAGCUGGAGCAUUGGAAGGUUUUCUUGCCACGAGGCACAUGACAGCACAUGACAAUUUUAUCAUUCUUCAGGCUUUUUCUUUCUUGUAAGCCUAAAGAUCACCUAACAAUGUUUCUUUGGCCUUGAUCUGUUUUAUAUUCAGGCUAGUUUUGGCUUGGGGCCUGUGUGUGUGAGGGUAAAAUGAUGGACACCAGUCAUCCCCUCCACUCCCAUCCUCACCCCCUUCAGAACCAAUCACAGGGUAAAGAAACUGUAUGGAAUGCAAACUCCCUUCAGGCCAGGCUUUGCAGUCUUCUAGAGGACAGGUGAAUCUUGGGCCUGGAGGGUACUCCUUGGAAUCCCUCUUCUCUCUUCCAGGUACGUACUUCAGGGCAGUUUUUAACCCAGUUCCAGCAACAAUGGCUUGCUCGCAGUAAGGUUUUGUGAUCUGCAGGUGGUAUGCCUGGGAGACAUGCUGGCUGUCUUGAGCCUUGCUUAGCUCCCUCUAGAGCAGUGGUUCUCAACCUUCCUAAUGCUAAGACUCUUUAAUACAGUUCCUCAUGUUGUAGUGACCCUCAACCAUAAAAUUAUUUUCAUUGCUACUUCAUAACUGUAAUUUUGCUACUGUUAUUAGUCAAAAUGUAAAUAGGUUUUUUUUGGACAUAGUUUGUCAAGUUGGUCUCGACUCACAGGUUGAGAACCUUUGCUCUGUAAGGCUGUGCUGCCUGGUCAUGUCUCUGAGGCUGAUAGAAGGAGCAUUCCUUGCAUAUUUCUAGAGAAGUUUCUAGGUUCAUGGAAGAGAAAUUGAUUUUUGCAUGGAGUAGAUGGAGACUGGCUCUGUCUUUGGUAAAGAGUGUGUACUCUGUCCAUAGCUGAUACCAGGAAUAUCCUUUUAUUUGGCAGCUCAGUCCUGUGCUGUGCUCUAGCCUCCUAGGGUGGUUCUUGUCUUCUGGCUGUCAGUAAAUGAUAGAGCUAUGGCUGUUGAUCGUGUCCUAGUGGUCAGUUAUAAGUUUAAUGCCAUCACUUUGUUUUCCUACUCUGGGAAAUAGAUGAUGGUUAAAAUUAAAAAUAAAUACAUUAAAAAACAACAACAACAACAACAACAACAACAACAAAACUCUGCCCUAACUAUUUAUUCUGUACUGGGAGCCAGAAAAAAGUUUUCAUUCCUUGUCAAGUGGUCAAGGAAAUGAAUCAAGAGUAAGGACAGCAUUAGGAGGUUUAAGGUAGUUAGGAAGACUGCCUUUAAGUUUCUUCCUGUAACUUAGAAAGUUGCAUUUCCAGUUUCUGGCUCCUUGCCUUCCUCCGAGUGGUGGAUAAGCUCCACGCUUCCUGACUGAGCAUACCUUUUUACUCUGGCCAAGGAACUUGGUUCCUGUUGGCAUAAACAUAAGAUUCUGGGUUAGUGAAUCAGUAACAAGACACAGGAUCUAAGUAAAUUUGUUCCCUGGACAUAAUCAUGUCCCAGCUGACCCUCAAGGUAGUGUUGGUAUCCAUCUAUGAAGAUGUGGUAAGCCCACAUUCCAUAUGUACUCUGCUGUUACUUGACCCAAGGACUAAAGUGCUGCUACCAGAUGCAUGCAGUCCCUUCUCUAACAUUCAUAUUUUUGCUCAGGCUAGCCUGGUGCCACUGGGUAGCAUCCACUCCUCAUAAGACACCUAAAUAGGAUUUGGAGUGCUGCCCCCCGCUCCCAGCUCACUUAACAUGGCAGCUUUCCAGUGACAGGCCACACCAUGGUGGUGUAGAGGUGCUUAACUGUCCAUAUUCCUGUUCCUGGAAAGCACACUCAGUUGUAGAAACUGCCAGGUGGGGCAGAGCAUCCUCACAGCCUAUCCAAGGCACUUGCUCUGCAUCCCAGGAAUUGGGGGUAGUACUGACCUCAAGAAGCACACCAAGGCCCUGGCAAAUACUUUGCUGGUCUAGGAAGAGAAAACCUGUCUAUUGCAGAGUUACAGGUGGCAUUUUUUUCUCCAGGCUUAGCUUACUCCGGUCUGAUGUUGGUCAAGUUAGUGCUUAGGAGUCUGUUUAAAAUACCCAUUUGUAUUUACUGUUUUCCCCAAGUACACAGUGUAAAUAGUAUAAUUUGCAGUGCAAAGUCUUUGGCAAUAACUUCAAGAUGUAUACUAUGUUAAACAUUGGAAACACAAGCACCAUGGACUGCCCCAUGCCUUCUGGGCCUGUGGUGACAUGUAGACUCUGGACUUUACAAGUAUCAGCGUGGUUGAAGCAGCAGCCUGCAUGUGUGGACUAUCAUCAGUGCCUCGCCCAGAGAUGCCCGGCCUUCAUCCAAAGGGACCCUGCUGCUCCGAGCCCUGCAAGCAGCACCUACACUGUGGCUCCUUUGUGUUGAAUAUGUUGGACUCUGCUAUAGAUAGACCCCUUUGUCUGGCUGCCGCGGUUUGUAAUGCCUUGACAUGUUGCAUUUCUUUCCCAUUUGGAUGAAUAAAAAUAAAUGCUAUGUGUAAAAUAGGAA